GGAAAUACAAAUAUAGCUUCCUGCUUCUGUCCGCUCACUCUCACUUCUGUUUUUCUCUCAGCUAAAUGCAAAGGGGUUCGUAGCUGCAGAGUCCCUGGGCAGAAGAAGGAUAUGAGGGGGUUCAGGGCUGCAGCAAGGAUGUACAAGGCGAGCGACCUCCUCCUGGCUUCUCUGCUGCUCUGUCUUCACUACUGGGCUCUCUCCGGGGCCACAGGACCUGGCUUUGUGGGCAGAAUCACGGACAAAGGCCUGGACUAUGCUCGCCAGGAGGGGGUGGCAGCCUUGCAGCAGAAACUGGCACAGCUGACUCUGCCCGACUUCUCUGGAUCCUUCAGAGUUAAAGUUAUUGGAAAAGUGGACUACAGACUCUACAGCUUGAACGUUCGCAGUUUCCAGUUGCCAAGCUCCGCUAUAGCACCGGUCCCGGGGAUGGGCCUCAAGGUCUCCAUCACCAAUGCCUUUGCUGAAUUGACGGGCGAGUGGUCGGUGAAGAAGCGCUGGUUCAAGGACCACGGCUCAUUUGACCUGAAGGUUGAGGGCCUCUCCAUCUCUGUAGGUUUGAAGCUGGGGGCAGAUGCUGCUGGGAGGCCGACGGCGAGCACAGCAGAUUGCGCCGCUCAAAUCUCCGACGUCAAAGUGCACUUUUCAGGCAGGUUGAGCUGGCUGUACAACCUCUUCCACAAGAACAUCGAGUCGUCGUUCAGAAAUACCAUGGAAGGCAAGGUCUGUGACGAAGUGAGAAGCUCCAUUGGCUCCAAACUGCAGCCUUUCCUGCAGACUCUGCCAGUCACAGCUAGAAUUGACAAGGUGUCUGGGAUCGAUUACUCUCUGGUUGCUCCUCCUGUGGCUUCACAGAAUUCCCUAGACUUGGACCUGAAGGGUGAAUUCUUCUCCCUCGCCCAUCGCUCCGCUCCUCCCUUCACACCACCAGCCCUCGCUUUCCCGGUGGAUCACGACCGCAUGCUUUAUUUCGGGAUCUCCACUUACUUCUUCAACACCGCAGGCCUUGUAUACUACGGAGCAGGGGAGAUGAACUUCUUCAUCACGGACGACAUGGUUCCGAAGGAGUUUAAAAUCCGCCUCAACACCACAUCCUUUAAGGCCUUUGUUCCACAGUUGGAAAAGCUGUACCCCAACAUGCUCAUGAAGCUCCAAGUCUCACCUUCUUCUGCCCCAUCUCUGAGCAUCACACCUGACGCCAUUUCGCUGUCCCCGGUGGCCGACAUCACAGCAUUUGCCAUUCUCCCCAACGCUUCCUUGGCCUCGCUCUUUGUGAUUGGUGCGUCAACCACCAUUUCAGCCAAAGUUACUGUUAACUCCACCAAGAUCUUUGGGUCCCUGAAGCUUGGCAAGUUGCAGCUGUCUUUGAAGCACUCGGACGUUGGGCCUUUCUCAGUACAAUUAAUGCAACGAUUAAUGGAAUUAAUUGCUUCAAGCACCCUCGUGCCUGCAGUGAACGCACGACUGGCCGAGGGCUUCCCCCUCCCUCUCCCGGAUCACGUGGCGCUCUCCAGCGCUAUGCUGCAGCUCCACCAGGAUUUCUUGCUCUUUGGCGCAGACGUUCGCUAUGGUUAAUGGAGAUGCUGAAAGAGAAGAGGGGCGAGCCCAGACGCAACCCAGAAUGUCGCCCUCUCUUCUGCGCCUGCUGCUUGGUCUUCCAGGCAGCAGGGUGGGGGCUGGGGGUUCUUCCCCGAAACGGGCCCCUCCCCUCCCUGUUUUUGGAAUAAUUUCCACACUGGUAAACCCUAAUGACUGUUCAGAUAAACAACAGUUCGACAGGUAUUUAUGUUGAUUUCCACUGAGAUGGGACUAAAGAUGCGACUGAGAUUAAAUCUGGAUUCAGCAAUGGAUUCAGAAAUGCUCAUGGUGGGCAAUGGAGGUUGUUUUACACCAGUGAAGAUCCCAGAGCCAGUAGGAGCAUCAGAAUGAUAGCAUCGGCAGAGAUAAAUUUUGAUAAACUGGUAGCCUGAGAAGUAACAUUGCCUCACCCCAGAAAUCCGUGUCCAGAAACUGCCCUCCUCAGAUAGGGCGCCGCUGAGAGUCCCAUAUGGCCCAGAGGCAUGCUUUGCUUGCACUUGAAACUGGGCUUUUAGUGUUGCAGCCCCUGCCCUCUGGAACCAUUAUAAGGAGAGACUGGACAGGCGUCUACCAUCUUGAUGUUUGAGCACUUACUAAAUACUUUUUUGUUUAAGGAGGCUUCCCCAAUCCUUUUGUAUAAUCUUAACUGCGCAAUUGUAGGUAUGAUCUAAUUGGCUAUUAGAGUUUACAGAUUCUUUUCUUGGUUUACUUCAUUUUCUCUUUUAUUGUGCACAGCUUCAAUAACUCUACGCCGUGAAGGGGCUUAUAAAUCUGUUGAAUACAAAUAAAUAAGUAUGCAGAGGAAGCAAAAGGCUUAUUAAUUCAGAAAGAGGACUUUAUUGCAGCCAACCUUCAUGAGGGGGAAAUAGCAAUGCUGACAUUUUGGGUAGGAAGUCCUUGAUGCAUCACAAAGGAAGAAAGUGAGGGGGAGGCAAGAUAGUCAGAGAAGCAGUAUAUUUUGCUGGACACGAUCCACAGGAUGUUGCUUGGAAUACAGGAGGAAAUGGGAGACAUAAACCCAUCAAAGCAACCCUGUGCUCAGUUCAUCCAUCAACAGAGGACAUCAGAAGAAGGUCAGAAGAGACAGCUGGAUUAAACCAAUGGCCCAUUUAGUCCAGCAUCCUGCUCCCACAGUGGCCAAACCAGGGAGCAGGAUUCGAGCACAAGACUCCUCUUCCCUCCUGCCGUUUCCAGUGACUGGAGGCAGAGCCUAGCCAUCAGGGUGGGUCAUAAAAAAACUUUUUUUGGAAAAUGUUUCCUCCCUCGAUCUUAUAUCAGGCGUAUGGUAUAAACAUAGUCAAAUUUGGGAAUAAUCGGUUAAUAUUUCGACCCUGCUCCUACAGAUUGAAAUUUUGCCUCACUACGAGUGAUGAAAACAUAGGAAUUUGACUCAUUUAUUCUCAGUAUGUUAAAUUGUGAACUAAUAAACGUAAAUUUCAGGUUUUAUGUAGAGCAAUAAUAGUUGCAUACUAUUAUUUUCUGCAAUAUUUAUUUAUUUAAGAUAAAACAUGUUGAUAAUUUACAUGAAAAACCAAUGGUUUUGAACAAAUUAUAUGCAACAAUUAAGCAAACGGUGUACUAAACAAGUAAACAAUAAACAAUAAAACACCACUCAUAUUAUGUGUUGCGUCAAAACAUCACCUUAUACUUAAUUACUUAGGUAUAGAAGUUUUUUAUGACCCACCCUACUAGCCAUCCUUGAAAGACAAGACUGGAAAGGAAACAAGCCACUUGAAAGCUCUCUCACGGAAGCUUCCUUGAAAUGAAUGGGAGCUGUGCAAAGCCUGUUGAGGAAUCCUUAUGUGGUUCCCAUCUGUUCCAAAGGGGUUUGCAAACACACAAACACAAGUCCCACACAUGGACUGUGCACAUGGCCUUUUGCCACAACUCAGAAGUUUAAAGCAAUUUCAUUUCUUGCAUGCUGCUUGACUAGGGGAAUACUAGUCACUCCAAGGCUGGGAACAGCAUUUUCUGCCCCCCACCCCCAAGUGCAUGGUUGGUGCAACAGAAGGAGCUGGAUCCAAAUUUAGAGGGAAUAGUAAGACACAAUUCCAACCCCUUGGUUUUUCAUGCAGGGCUCCAGAGGGCAUCCUUCCUUGGGGAUGAGAGACAUCCAAAGGUAUUCCUGGGUUGAAGAAAAAGGAAGAGGUCAAAACCUGCCUCCCAAUUCCUGAAGUGUGACCAUUGAACUUUGUCUUAUUCUGCUUUUUGACCUCCCCAUCCUGCUUCUCGCCCUCUGUCUCCCAAACCCAGUGCUAAGGGAUGUCUCUGCAGCCUUCAGCACAGUGGAUCCUCCUUGCUACUGCCCCUCCUUUUACGUUGCUGGAUUCCCUGACCUGACCUGGCUCUCUUCUGAGCUGCUGGAUCUCUUUUAGCCCCUUCACAUGGGAAACACUUCCUUGGUUUCCUCCUGGGUCCCUCAGAAACGUGUCCUUUGCUCUUCUUUCUCUGCCCGUUGGCCACAGGCAACACCCCUGAACCCCAGGUGGACUUGGGUGUCGCCUUUCCCAUUCCUGACUUGGGGGUCGGUCGCCCCUCCUUCGGGGAAUGAGUGGGAGAGGGAGUUGGUCUGUUUGUCCAGUUGUCCCUAGGAAACCAGGAGCUCUUGUGCAAGAGAAGCCCGUUCUGCUAUCCCACCUCCAAGCCACCUCUUCCUCAGAGGGCUCAGCAGUCCUGGGAGAAGCUCAGGCUUCCCACUCCUCUGCAAAUGACAACUCUUCAAAGCUCGCCAGGCUCCUUUCAAUGAAGAGAAUCAUCUCCGCACAGGUAGAGCCAACAGCUACAACUUAAGGCUCAGUCUGAGGAUGGCUGCCUCUCAAACAGCACCUGAGCCCUCCCAUACGGGGGUCUCCAGCCUGAGCUUGCCAUUGCUUUUGACAGAGCACUACCUCUGUACCCCAGAACACUCUCUCUCUCAUCUGCUGCUGACUGUUUGCCUCACUGUGAGUAGCUCCUAGGAAGACAUGUAAGAGCUGUUCGGCAGUGGAAUUUGCUGCCAAGGAGUGUGGUGGAGUCUCCUUCUUUGGAGGUCUUUAAGCAGAGGCUUGACAGGCAUAUGUCAAGAAUGCUUUGAUGGUGUUUCCUGCUUGGCAGGGGGUUGGACUGGAUGGCCCUUGUGGUCUCUUCCGACUCUAUGAUUCUAUGUUCCUCCUCUGGGUAUCCCUUUCCAUACCUGCCAGGGCGGGCUUUUAGAUUGUAAGGUCCUUGGGGCACAAAGCUAUCCUCUGAAAAACUGGCUCCACUUUUGAGCUUCGCCCCCUACACCCCAGGGCUACUUAUUACUGCUUCAAUGAUAUAUUUAUUUUAUACCCCUACCUUUUUCCCUGAGAGGACUCAAGACAGCAUACAGAUAAAAAUACAAACCACUAAAAACACAGAAAAAACAUCAUUAAAUAACAAUUAAUCAUUGAUAAAAUUGAGACUAUAUACAUAAAUAUAUACAGAUCAUUAUCAUGAAAAUUGCACUGCACCCGCCCUUUCAUUAAAAGGAGUCAGUUCCCAACAGCCUUUUGAAUAACAGACUGGGAGCAGCCACCGAGAAGGCCCUGAGAAGCUCUAAGCCUACAUCCUGAAACAUGGAGAACCCCAAAGCACUCACCUUUUUUUU